AUGUGGAAUGACACACCUGUGCCUGAUUUCAUCCUGACGGGUCUGACAGACUCAGAAGAGAUCCAGCUGGUGCUCUCUGUGCUCUUUCUCCUGAUAUACCUGGUCACUGUGCUGGGGAACGUAGGGAUGAUAAUGAUCAUUCACCUGGAUGUACAGCUUCACACUCCUAUGUACUUUUUUCUCUGUCACCUGUCAUUUCUUGACCUCUGUUACUCAAAUGUCAUCACGCCUAAAACCUUAGGGAACUUAGUGACUUCCAAGAAGAGCAUUUCAUUCACAGGCUGCUUCACACAGAUGUACUUUUUUAUCCUGUUUGGUGGUGCUGAAUGUUUUCUUCUUUCAUCCAUGGCCUAUGAUCGCUAUGUAGCCAUCUGUAAUCCUCUACAGUAUCCAGUUAUUAUGUCCUCAAGGCUGUGCUCUUCCCUCCUCACUGGAACCUAUAUGAUAGGUUUUGUGGAUUCCUCGGUCAACAUGAUUUGCAUGAGUAGAUUACAUUUCUGCAAGUCCAUUGUAAUACAUCACUUUUUCUGUGAUACAUCCCCAAUUUUAGCCCUGUCCUGUGAGGAUACAUUUUACACUGAAAUUAUGGCAUUCAUUUUUGCAGGUUCUACCUUAAUGGUGUCACUUAUCACAAUAUCUUUGUCUUAUAUGUCCAUUUUCUGUACUAUUUUGAAAAUUGAUUCCACAUUAGGAAAGCAGAAAGCCUUCUCUACGUGUGCAUCCCAUCUCCUGGGAGUCAUUAUCUUUUAUAGCACCAUGAUCGUUACAUACUUAAAACCAACUAAGUCCUACUCUUUGGGAAAGGAUCAAGUGGCUUCUGUUUUUUACACCAUUGUGAUCCCUAUGCUGAAUCCCCUUAUUUAUAGUCUUAGAAACAAAGAAGUGAAAAAUGCUUUCAAUAGAGUCAUGCAGAAGAGAGGUGGCUCCAAGGUAUUAAGAAAACAAUAA